AUGGGCAUGGCUUCACCCAGCGAUAACAUCCUCCGGAUCGCCUCUGCAUCUGGCUCCGUGACGGAUCGGCGGCACGCAUUGGCUGAACUGGCUAAGUCAGAGGAUGUUGAGUACAUCGUGGGCGAUUGGAUGUCCGAGUACAAUAUGACUACUAGAGGUGGACAAAAGAUAGAUAGCAAAGGCGAAUCGGACGAAUUCGAAGAGACAUUCCUGGAAGCUCUAGAACCAGCCCUUCCUUAUCUCCAGUUCAGAAAGAUCAAAGUUGUUGUCAACGCCGGUGGGAGUGACACUCAGAAACUGUACAAAGCGGUUACGGAUCGGAUCAAAGCGGCGGGUUUGAACCUCAAAGUCGCCUGGGUAGGAGGAGACGAGGUGCUCGAGGUUGUCCAGCAGGCUAUCAAAGAGGGACGGGAUUUUGAAAGCUUGACCACUGGAAAGAAACUGCGCAACUGGGGAUUUGACCCAAUUUAUGCACAAUGCUAUCUCGGUGCCUUCGGUAUCGUGGAAGCACUGAAAAGAGGAGCACAUAUUGUGCUCUGCGGACGUGUGGCAGAUGCAUCACCCACCAUCGGCAUCGCAGCAUAUCACUACGGAUGGGCCCGCAAGGAUUAUGAAAAGCUAGCCGGGGCAUUUGUGGCGGGCCACUUUAUCGAGUGCUCGACAUACGUUACUGGAGGAAACUUUUCUGGCUUCAAGAGCCUUCCGGGUGAGUCUCUUGACCUGGGCUUUCCCAUAGUCGAAAUUUUGCCCGAUGGCCACUUUUAUAUCACGAAACAAAAGCAUCGUGAUGGAUUGGUCACCAUUGAUACUUGUAAGUCGCAGCUGCUGUAUGAAAUACAGGGGCCUUGGUAUUACAACUCGGAUGUUGUAGCAGUUCUCGAUGGCAUUAAAAUUGAAGCUGCUGGUAAUGACCGAGUAUACGUGACCAAUAUUGGCAGCCUCAAACCGCCGCCCACAACCAAGCUUGGCAUCACCGCUAAAGGGGGUUACCAGGCUGAGGCUCACUACUUUCUCUGCGGUCUUGACAUCGAAGAAAAGGCACAAUUCUUGGAGCGCCAGAUUCGUGCACAACUCGAUGAGUCCAAGUUCCAUUGCUUGAAAUUCAGGGUGAACGGUAGGUGCCCGACGAAUCCAAGGAACCAGGACUCCGCCACGGUCGAUUUCAGAAUCUUCGCCCAAGCAAGGCAGGAACAAGACCUGGCCACAAGCAAAUUUCUGCGACCCGUCACCGAUGUAAUCAUGCAAAGCUAUCCUGGAGCCACAUUCGCAGUCGAUACUCGUCAAGCAAUCGCUAAACCUUAUUAUGAAUACUGGGUUGCACUGUUGCCUCAGAGCAGCAUAGAACAUAUCUGCCAUGUCCCUUCCGAAGGAUUGGAGAUACCCAUCCCCCCACCAUCCGAUACACAGGACUUCCGCUACGAGCAAGAUACAUAUGAGAGUUCCAAUGCCAUCGAUCUCUCAUCUCUGGGACCUGUCACUGCGGCCCCAUUGGGCUACGUCGUACAUGCCAGAUCUGGAGACAAGGGAUCCGAUUGCAACGUAGGGUUUUUUGUUCGCAACUCGGAUGAAUGGGAUUGGCUGCGAACUCUUCUCAGUGAGAAAAAGAUCCGGAUGCUCCUUGAAGAUGAUGACACUGGGAAGCCGAUCUUUCGUUUCGAACUUCCAAACAUUUGGGCUGUUCAUUUCCUGCUCAAGGACCACCUUGAUCGAGGUGUAGCGUCUAGCUCUACAUAUGAUGUCCUUGGAAAGAAUCUUGCCGAAUAUCUACGGUGUAAGAUCGUAGAUAUUCCGAACAAGUUCUUGGAGCGUGGAAAGAUUUAG